UUUAGAGGUGUUCUGUGUGGUGGCCGCUGCUAACGUCACCUUUACGUCUAUUCAUCUGUCAAAAUUCACAAAAAUAAACACCAUCACACUAAUGGCAUUAUAAAUCAAGAUUUUGUCGUUCGUUUCAGUUUAAAUUCCAGUGACUUUUACUCCCAACAAAUCAUAUACAUCUACAACAUUAAGAAAUCAGUUUUUUCUUCGAGUGAAUUAAGCUAAUUUGGACACAAAACGUUUAAUUAUCAGCCCGUUGCGUCAUGUCAAGUUGAGACCUUGAUCAACUUGAAGGACUACGUGUUUGAAAACAUACGAUUUUCAUAGUUUUAAUUUAAACAAAUUCAAUUGACUUGCCGAGUCUUAUUUCAAGAUGUCUAGUGUUCGGUGCAGUUUGGCCACAGCCGGAAAAUAUGCUUUUGUAGCCAGAAAUUCAAAGUUCCAACAAGGUCUCUUGUCUGCCAUAUACUUAAAACAACAACUCCCAAGUAAAAACAUAUCCACUACUGCUGUACUUUCGAAAACUAUUGGAGCUGGAGAACCGCCUACCAGCACUACUCAACCUCCAAGUAGUUCCACUGCCAGUGGAGGAGGAAAUGGCAAAAACAAAAACACCCUCUCAUGUCCGAAAUGUGGCGAUCCGUGUACGCAUGUAGAGACUUUUGUUAGCUCUACGAGAUUUGUAAAGUGCGAGAAAUGCCACCAUUUCUUUGUGGUACUGAGCGAGGUUGAUAGCAAAAAGAAAGAGGGCGUAGACCUGAAGAAUGGUCAAUACAGGAAACCUCCACCACCGCCUAAGAAGAUUUAUGAGUACUUGAACAAACAUGUGGUCGGGCAGGAAUAUGCCAAAAAGGUUUUAUCUGUAGCAGUAUACAAUCAUUACAAAAGGAUAUACAACAACACUCCCAAUCAACUAGGUAACAGCAGACAGGAUAUGUCUGUGAUGGAACAAGGACCUCAUCAAAAUAUGACUCAUCGAGAUUUGCUCCAUAUAACAGGCAUGGGGCAGGCUCCUAUUGGGCUUAGUUUUAGUCCUACAGAGCCGCCCUACACCAAGACUACUUCGCAAAGCGCAAUCGGCUCUGAUAUUUUGGACCGAACUACACAUGAGCUGAAGUUGGAGAAGAGUAACAUUUUACUGCUGGGCCCUACUGGAUCGGGAAAAACCCUUUUAGCUCAGACUAUUGCUCAGUGCCUAGAUGUUCCUUUUGCCAUUUGUGAUUGUACAACUUUAACACAAGCCGGUUAUGUAGGGGAGGAUAUUGAAUCCGUUAUUGGAAAGCUACUCCAAGAUGCUGGCUACAGUGUUGAGAAAGCACAAAUUGGAAUUGUGUUUCUUGAUGAAGUAGAUAAAAUCGGAGCGGUGCCCGGCAUACAUCAAUUAAGGGAUGUUGGUGGUGAAGGUGUACAGCAAGGUAUGCUAAAAAUGUUGGAAGGCACUAUAGUGAAUGUUCCUGAAAGAAACUCGCCUCGGAAAUUGCGUGGCGAAACUAUUCAAGUUGAUACUACGAAUAUUCUUUUUGUAGCUAGUGGAGCUUACAACGGUUUAGAAAGGUUGAUUCAGAGGCGAAAUAACGAAAAUUACUUAGGUUUCGGAGCGCCAGUCACAGCUGGACAGGGCAGACGAGCAGUAGCUCAAGAGGCUACUCUUCAUUCAUCAACCCAAAGUGCCGAGGAAGAAAAUUUGGAAAAGGACCAGGCUUUAAGGCAGGUGCAAGCGCGAGAUCUCAUUGAUUUCGGAAUGAUUCCGGAGUUCGUCGGCAGGUUUCCAGUGUUGGUGCCUUUCCACUCCUUAGACCAGUCAAUGUUGGUGAGAAUAUUGACGGAGCCGAAUAACGCACUCAUUCCCCAGUACCAGAGGCUAUUGGCGAUGGAUCAGUGUCAGCUUUCGUUUACAUCAGAUGCUCUCAAUGCGAUAGCUUCUCAAGCUAUGGACAGGAAAACGGGAGCAAGAGGAUUGAGGGCAAUAAUGGAAACUUUGUUGUUGGAACCCAUGUUUGAGGUGCCUGGAGCAGGUAUUUCCGAAGUUCACGUAACUGAUGAGUGCGUACGAGGAAAAAGCCAACCCACAUACGUCAAAUCGACUACCGAGGUAACAGAAGAAGAUGAAAUAAAUGCUACUAUUAGGCUAAAGCAAUGAUAUUUUGGAGAGUUGCAUAUUUAAACAUGAAAUUGUAUUUCGGCUUGUAAGUAGCAAGAAUUAACAUUUUGUUAAAAAAACGCUUGAAGUUUGAUGUAAAAUAAUAUCAGUGAUCUACUUUUCAAGUUUAUUGUAUUCUACUAUCAAAUUUAAUAGUAUUGGAAAAAUUAGGUAACCUGGGACACUGCCACUUAAUGGUCUAUAAAGCAUGUCAAUAAAUUUUUACAGCUUCAUCGUCAACAUUAUUUUUCCCCUAUUAUUAAUUAUGAUAGUAUUUAAUUCGGUAAUAUGUCGGUGACGAUAAAGAAUUCUUUUUAUUAGGGGUAAGCAUUCUGUUGAUAAACAUUAUUUUAUUUAAAGCUUUAUUUUAAUAAAGUUAACGAAAAUGCAAAUAAAAACUGCGAAACUGUCUCAGAAGUCAGUUGUUAUUAUUGUGAUGUUUCUAGUAGACUAAACUUUUCGGAGAAAAAGUUAAUAAAAAUAAUUUAAUUGUUA